GUUAUAUCCAGCCCACCUAAAACCCUUCGACUCGACCUUCGUAGUAUCUCGUACUCUCAAAAAGGGUGAAAAACCCUGAUUUCAGUUCCCGGGCUGUUUUGCCCUCUUCUCCUCAACGAAAAUGGCAGCAGCUGCAACUAGAUUCUUCUCUCUGUUUGAAAGCAACGCCACCGCGACCGCGGCCGCCGCAAACCUCUACCCGUUCCGUGCAAUUCGAUUACCCACUAAACUAUUCUCUUCCCCAACCCUACGCUUCCGCCGCUACUCGUCUUCCCCCGCUUCUGUGAUAGACAAUGAUACUACCACCACCGCGGCCAUUGGUGAAACAAUUGGAGACUCCCACCAACAUCCGUGGCCGGAGUGGGUGACUUUCGUUGACCGUUUGAAGGCCAAAGGUUACUUUAAGAAAGAAAGUGGAAAUGAUGUUGCUGUCUAUAAAGAUAUGAGCAUUUUGAAGGAAGCUUGUCUCAGUUUUGGUCGUGAUCGCUUCGACUUAUUUAAGUCAUUAUCUAUGCAAGACAUUCAAACUCUUGUCGAAAAGGGUUGUCCUAAUAUCAACAGAAAGACUGUUAAUUCAGGAAAACGACUGAGAGCCCAUCUACAACUCGAUGAAGGAGAUGUUUGUGGUGUUUGCAUCUUGAGAGGAUCAUGUGAUAGGGCCUAUUUGAUUCUAAAAGACAUUGAAUCCGGUGCUCGAACUGUAGAUAUUGUGCGCAUUUUGUUAAACUAUGCACUUGAUCCAGUUAUUGAUUCAAAUAUGAAGCCUUUAGGAGCAGAAGACAUUGAAGCAUCUGCAAGAAAAUUGCUUUUGGAGUUGACUGAACUUAGCGACACAGCCAUUGAUCAUGAAGCUCAAAAGCCACCUGCAAUAGUUGCUCGAAAGGCGCAAAAUUUUGAUUUUAAAGAACGCGAUUCUUCAAGAAAUGUUGAAAUGAAAAGAGGAGAUUGGAUGUGUCCCAAGUGCAAUUUCUUGAAUUUUUCAAGGAAUAAAAAGUGUCGCGAAUGUAAUGAAGAUGGUCCUUUAAAACCUGGUCUUGAUGAAGUUGAAAUGAAGAAAGGAGAUUGGAACUGUCCUCAGUGUAAUUUUAUGAAUUUUUCAAGAAACAUUCGGUGUCUAAAAUGCAAAACUGAGGGGCCUAAGAGGGUUGGAAUUGAUGAUGUUGAAAUGAAGAAAGGAGACUGGAACUGCCCACAGUGUCAGUUUAUGAAUUUUGCAAGCAACACAAAGUGUUUACGUUGCAGAGAGCAACGUCCCAAAAGGCAACUGAAUUCUGGAGAGUGGGAGUGUCCUUCGUGUGAUUUCUUUAAUUAUGCGGGGAAUGUUGUUUGUCGAAAGUGUAGUGGUGAAAGGCCAAAUAAUGCAGAAGCUAAGUAUGAAGAGCAGAUGUGGAAAAAGCCUUCUUAAUUUUGUUACUCUGGGAGGGAAUAAAGCUUACAACUUUACACAAACUUCGGUCAAGUCACAAGCAGCGAGUGUCAUAACCCAUAUUAAAUGAGAUGUACAAAUAGCCCUAAGCAUAAGCACAAGAUCGGUGCUUAGUUGGGCCUAUUGGGCCUUGAAGUUUGGUUGCUUAUGGACCCUGAUUUGGCUAAUAGUUUUAGGGUUUGUUUCUUUUUAUUUCAUUAAGCAUUGUAUGGAUGAAUCAUAUCUAUUAAGAAAUGUUGGUGAAUGGUAAUUUAUUUAUUUGAUUGCAA